AUGGAGAACGACACACAAAGUAGAGAUUCUCAAAGCACGAUAUGGACGAUGCAGAAGGGUACAACCACGAUGUUCAUCGCGGAGGUGGUGGGUACUGGGAUACUUUUGUUCAUCGGUUGCAUGGGUUCCAUUGGAACUAUGGGAACAAUACUGCCGCCACCAUUACAGUCGUCCAUGGCGUUCGGUAUGACUGUCAACCUUUUGAUUAUGAUGUUGGGUCAUGUAAGCGGUGCACAUUUGAACCCAGCUGUCACGAUUGGGGCAGUGAUCGUUGGGCUUAAAACCAUACCAACGGGAAUUAUUUACGUAAUAGCUCAAUUCAUAGGUGCCACUGCUGGAUACGGAUUAUUAAUGAUGAUAACUCCACCCGAGUUGUUGUACGAUGGAGUGUCAAAUAAGAGUAUAGGACAUUGUGUGACAGUCGUUCAUCCAGGAAUAAGCACUGCGCAAGCAAUUUUGAUUGAAAUCCUCUGUACGUCGUUCAUACUUUGCGCAGCUUGUGCAACCUGGGACAAAAGAUGCGCGCAUCAAACAGAUUCCACAGCGAUUAGGUUCGGUUUCUCCGUUGUUGGGAUCUCACUCGCAGCGAGUCCCUACACUGGUUGCAGUAUGAAUCCUGCACGUACCUUUGGUCCUGCAUUCUGGAACGGAAACUGGACUAAUCAAUGGAUUUACUGGUUCGGACCGACUGCAGGCGCAUUACUCGGAACGUACACCUAUCAGAUAUUUUUUGCGGAAAAAGAAACGGAUAGAAUUGUUGGUCGUCUCGAUUUCAUGGAAUUGAAAGCGAUUACGACACCGCAAUGUGACGACGAUAUUCAUUCGAAAAAGAAUAAUGUCAGAAGCGAGAAACUCGAAUUAGUGCGGGACGAAGAUGACAACGCCGCAUGAUUAUCGUUAAAGGUAUGAUCACCAUCUUUAUCAUCCACUAGUAAAGGUCUUCCAUGAUGUAUCGAGUAGUUUACGACGCCGCCAGAGAUGGCGUUGCACUCCACAAAAUGGCGCGACUUUCAUUUCUCUUCUAUUAUAUUUGUCAGUUGCCUUCAAUUCAUUUUCUCUACGUUCUACUAUUUUUAAAAUAUGAACAUUUAAUUAUGCUACUCUGUUACUAUUUAAUUUUAGCUCAUAUAAGUAGCACAAUGAUUACUUUUAUUCAAAGUAUUUAAUGUUUAUUGACAAUGUGACUUAGGAAAAUUAUAAUUAAAUGAUAAUUUGUAUUGCUAAUUUAUG